GCCACCGACAGAACGCGCGGUGGAGACAGAGCGCACGCCACAGAAAACACACGCAACAUCCGCGGUUCCUACUGUAUGAUCCUCCCUUUGUGGUGUGGAUAUGGACUUAAAAUAGACAGCGCUACUUUAAUUUAUUGGCUGAAUGCAGUGACACUGCCGCUUGGGAACUGAACUUUACGCCACUCCGGAGAGAAAAUGUGGAGAUACACGAACUUGUUCGCCUGUCUGCUGGUGUUUUGUAAGACUGCGUCUUCACAGAAUAAGAUCUUUGGGGAGACGGAGCCUGUCCGGAUGACAUCAGAGGGCUCUGACUGCCGGUGCAAGUGCAUCAUGCGCCCUCUGAGCAAGGACGCUUGCCUGCGGGUGCGGAGCGGCAGUGUACGUGUGGAGGACUUCUACACAGUGGAGACGGUCAGUUCCGGGUCUGACUGUAAGUGCUCGUGCACAGCCCCACCGUCCUCCCUCAACCCCUGUGAGAAUGAGUGGAAGAUGGAGAAGUUGAAGAAACAGGCACCUGAGUUACUAAAGCUCCAAUCUAUGGUGGACCUCCUCGAGGGAACCCUUUACAGCAUGGAUCUAUUGAAAGUCCACUCCUACAUCAACAAGGUGAUGUCACAGAUGAACACCCUGGAAGAGACAAUCAAGACAAACCUUACACGGGAGAAUGAAUAUGUCCGGGACAGCAUGAAGAGCCUGACCAACCAGUUUCAGAGAUAUGAAAACUAUUCCAACAUUAUGAUGAGCAUCAAGAAGGAGAUCUCCAGCCUCAGCCUGCAGCUGCUACAGAAAGACUCCUCUGAAAGCAAAGCACAGGACACUACUGAUGAAAAAACCAACGUGGCUGUAAAAUUGCCCAACAAAAAGACACCUGCAGUUAAACCCCCUCCCAAACCACCCAAAGAAAAGGUCGUGAAGCCCAAGAAAGAGGUCAUUAAACCUGGGAAGCCAGUCAAGCCUGAUCCUACAGCCAGAGACAAGAUGGUUGGCCACCAACCCGGUGUGGUGAGGGGCAUCACAUACUAUAAGGCUUCCAAGACAGAUGAGGAUGAAAACAAGGGAGACCACGCUGCCAAAACAUACACAGUCCAUCACAUCACAGAAAAUCAGUCUGAGGAUGAAGGAGCUGAAUUCAUCAUGGAAACCGUGGAGGCCACUGCGGCUGAACCCGCCACCGCCACCACAGUUCCCACAACUACAGCCACUACCACCACCACAACUACUAGCAGCACAACUACCACCACUACUACACCCUCUACUAUCACCACACAAAGUACACCAGCAUCUGAAAGACCAGCACCAACCAUAGUGCUGGUGCUGGACAACUCCAACAACAACAGUCGGCCCGGUCUGCACAGAGCUGGGAAGAUCCUCAACUGUGAAGGGACUCUAGCAUCAAUAGAGCAGCCAGAGAAGCAGCACAGUUAUGGGCGCAAUGAAGGAGCCUGGAUGAAGGAUCCCCUGGCUAAAGACUCCAAGAUCUACAUCACUAACUAUUAUUACGGCAACAACCUGGUGGAGUUCCGUAACCUGGACAACUUCAAACAAGGCCGUUGGAGCAACCUUUUCAAACUGCCUUACAACUGGAUAGGAACUGGCCAUGUCGUCUAUAACGGAGCCUUCUACUACAACAGGGCUUUUACCAAGAACAUUAUCAAGUAUGAUCUGAGGAUGCGAUACGUGGCGGCCUGGACACUGCUGCAUGAUGUGGUUUAUGAGGACACCACCCCUUGGAAGUGGAGGGGCCACUCAGACAUUGACUUUGCUGUAGAUGAAAGUGGACUGUGGGUGAUUUACCCUUCUGUGGACUAUGACUACAACCAGCAAGAGAUGAUCAUCAUCAGUAAACUGGAUCCUGGAGACCUGUCCUUGAAAAAGGAAACCACCUGGAGGACAGGGCUCAAGAGGAACUCUUAUGGGAAUUGCUUUAUCAUCUGUGGUGUCUUGUAUGCUGUUGAUGUGUACAACCAGAAAGAAGGUGAGGUGAACUAUGCUUACGAUACCCACACCAACACUGAAGCCAUCCCGCGUCUGCCCUUCACCAAUGAGUACUCCUUCACCACCCAGAUUGACUACAACCCCAAGGAGAAGGUUUUGUAUGCCUGGGACAAUGGCCAUCAGCUGACAUAUCAGGUAAACUUUGUUGACCAAUGAGCACAGCUAGUUUGUGCUGCAGAUAAGCUCACAGUAGGCCUGCCAGUAUGGCACCUAUAUAGAAAAAAGACGCUCAGUAUUUAACAGCCUUGAAGCAGGCAUAUUGGACUCAACAGGACAAUGGAUGAAUCAACACCAGCCUUCCAGCGCCAAUGCAUGCUAUUCAAACACCUGACCUCACAGUGUACCAAACAUAUACAGUAUGUCUCAAAUAAUAUUGGGAUGUGUCUCUACAGUGUGUAAAUAGAAUGGACAGCAAACAGUGGAAAUAAACUCAUGGGUUGAGUUAAAGUUCAUCAGAGUGGUAAAGUUUCGAAAAUUAGAGGUUUCUUUUUAUGUUCAUUUAUGAAAUGUUAGCAGAGUGGCUAAUGAGCGUGUGAUAAUUUUUAAAUAAAUGUAACAUUUGUAAAACCACCUGGUUUUCUGACAUGGCACUUUGAUGCUUGCAGUUUGAAUUUGCCACUACAUGUCAUUUUGGUCAUCUCUGAGACCUGAAAGCUCACAUUUGGGUGGCGACAGGAGCAACGGCUGAGUGAAAGGAUUACGUCAGUCAAGCAGACACUUUCCCAAACAUAAGCCUUAAUAGCCCUUUAAAGCAGUGUUUAAAAUGUAUCUCAUUAUACCAUAUAUGUGGACACAUAUAAAUUAAAAAUGGUCUUGCUGUAGUAAUUCCUCCUGUCCAAACUGACUAUGGAGUAAUCCUUUCCAAACACAACUACACUGUAAAGGAUGGCUCUCGUUUUAGCUAACUCAUGCUAGCUUCAGCUGAACUUUAGAAUGCAUUUUAAUACAGAGCAAAGACUGUAGAUUUUGCAUCCAGUUUCUUCACAAACACUAUAGACAGGACUAAUUACAGUGAUGAGUAACUAUUUAAACUUACAUUUGGAAACUUGAGUACUGUGUGAAUGCUGAUGUGAAAAAUUCAAAACCAAAUGAAACUACUGAUUGAAUUUCUACCAAGACAUAUAUAGAACAUACUGUAUCAUCCUGUGGAAAGAGAAAAGAAGCGAGGUCAGUCAGAGACACUUAGAGUAUAUCAAGAAAUUGACCAUUUGUGGCAAAUGGGUUAGAACAGGUGUAAAGGGCUCUGCUCUUUGAGGGAGCUCUUAAAGAAUCAGAAUAGCCACAAGGUCUCUGGUGGGAGAACUACUCCUAGAUUUAACAACCAUCAUCAGGCCUCCGAAUCUUCAGACACUCCUCUUUUGCCUUGUGCCAGUCUCAGUCCUUUGUACACUUGUGCAUUAUUUAGCUCCACUCCCUGGCAUUUAACUCAAUCAAUGACAUUAUUUCUGGCUGGACAGUCAUUUUGCUUUCAGAAGUGUUUGUAAAAAUUAAUCUAUUAGCUGUUGUUUCACUUGCCCAUCUACUCCAUCCUAUCAGCCAGCAUUUUGAUCAUGAACCUGCUUUGUUUAUUAUUCUGGCCUCAUGAUGCUUACUGUUUCUUUACUAUAUAUAUUCUUUUUAGGUAUGUGUUGAAUAUUAUAUGAACUCCAAAAAACAAUGUACACAGGUUUUUAAGACUUUUAUGACUUUUUAGAUUUACACGGAUUUAUUUGACAAUUAAUAUCAUACAACUUUGUUCUAAGCUCCAUGAAUCUUGUUAAAUUUUUGUUGUAUAAAAGUAUGCAACUUUUGUCAUUUCAGUAACCACUACAUUUGUUGUAAUUACUGAGUUUUUGAACAUUUUCACCUCAAUAGAAGUUAAUAGCCAUGAUAGUCAUGCUAAUACAUAUUGUUCACUGUACCAUUAGCUGUGCCAUUUCCAGCAAUGGACACCACAAACCAUGUAUAUUUCUGUUUUUGACAAUGACUGACAGUGCUGUGUGAAGCACAUGGGCUGUGUUUCCACUAUGGGAACCUAACAAGGGUUAUGCCUUGUGCUUCCCUUAACCAUCACCUGGCAUAACCUCAUGGGCUGUCAUGAACCAUUCUGUUUUGCUUUUCCACUGUAUUUUUACAGUGCCCUCCAGUAUUUUUACAUUCUCACAUUUACAUUCUUACAUUCUACUGCCCUCCACCCACUUUUGUGGGACAGGUGUUAUACAUUUCGGUAGGUUUUUAUGAUGGAAAAAUCCUAAUAGUGAAAAUGGAAGGCUUUAAGACACACAAGAUAACAUUUACAGAAUUUCAUUUCAUAGUGUUGUUUAGUACACUUGAUGAUUCACAACCACAUUAUUUUGCCAGUUCUUGAAUUUGGUUUCUUCAUAAUUUGCAUGUUGAUUGCAAUAAAGUAUUCUGGUCAAUUGCAAAGUCUUUAUACUUAGAUAGUAAUGUCAGGAAAUGUAAUACAACACGUGGAACCAGCUGUGUGUGUUUGUGCUAUGAAAUAAAGUUUCCAUUAUAAAAGUC